AUGCCGACUCCCAGUGUCUCUUCUCCACGCUUAACUCCCCUUUCUCUGGACGCGUUGUCCGCACGAGGGACCUGCCCCCCAGAGAUUGCCGAUAGGACGGACGGUUGGCCUGCCUCUGCAGACCAGCUUGCGCAUGAUGUAUACCACAAUGCACACUUGAUUACGGCUUCACAAGUGCAGUCUGAGCUGGGCACAGUCGGUCCGCUGCGCAAUGCCUCUACCACCAUCGAUCCCUCUCAAAUCACCGAAAAUAAGGACAUCAAGGUGGACGAUGCAAUUGCUCCUGAGAUUUUGAGUCCAGCAACCUCCGUAUCGACCAAUUCCACCGAAAUCAAAGAUGAGCCACCACUGUCACCAGCACGACCGUCAACUUCGCCGACACCCUCAUAUAUGACUUCCCUUAGUCAUGAAUUUUCCAACGUGAGGCUGCUCCCUGAUCAUCCUAGUUCAUUUUUACGUGCAGGUAGCAAAUUUGUCGGAACUCAGAAAUCUGAAAGCAAUUGUUAUAACGUGGACGUGGAAAUCAAAGAUGUCAAUAUGGAAGAAUCCUUUCUCUGCGGUUAUCUUCGCAUUCAAGAGCUCACCCAUGACCAUCCUACCCUUACUACAUACUUUGAAGGCGAGAUAAUAGGCACCAAACAUACAUUCCAAACUAAAAACAAGUCAUGGGGCGCCACGGACAAAACUGACAUGCACUAUUGGGCACGUUUCCCUGCCUGGCGUCCCUUGGCCAAAGUUGCAAAGAAGCCUGAUUUCACUGAAAAGAACUUUGCUCAAAAGGAGCACAUCUUCAUGAGAUGGAAGGAAUACUUUCCUGGUGCCCGAUCAUCGUGUCAAGACCAUUAA